AUGAGGGAGCAGAGGGAAGGAGAUUUUCCCCAUGAUCCAAACGCGGCUCGGCACGGCUCGGGUUUCCUCCUGUGUUUUGUUUACGGAUUCUGCACGCGCCAGUGUUGUUGUGACAGACUCGGACUGCGGCAGAGCUUCGGAGACACGCACAAACCUCCCGCAAGAGACACGCACCAACCUCCCGCAGGAGACACGCACAAACCUCCCGCAGGAGACACGCACCAACCUUCCGCAGGAGAUACGCACACACCUCCCGCAGGAGACACGCACACACCUCCCGCAAGAGACACGCACACACCUACCACAGGAGACACACACCUCCCACAGGAGAGUGGACACACGUGCGGGACUGACGCUAAAACUAAAGAUUAG